AUGCCCUACAACACACGUCGAAAGUCGUUGUCGCUCCCUUCAUUAGGCAUUCACUUGCCUAACGCCUCUCGCUCGCACAGAUCGCCCUCCGCAUCUAAGAGUUCAACCUCCGGCUCAACGAUACUGGACGAACAUCCUUCCAAGAAAGUCAAGAGGUCGCAUGAUGUCGCCGACUCGUCUACCUCCGCAGACAAGUCGCAGAAGGUCGCCACUGGUCGCAUAAGGAACAGCCGAGGCGGAUAUGAGCAUACUCCGCCACCAUCACCGGGCGAUGCCGUCGAUGCCGCUAUGAAGAUCGACACCGAAGGCAUCAAUGAUGAUGUGGUUGUCGCCGCCAUCGAACAGUUGGAGAAGACUGGCAAUAAGCCUCACUUAGUGCGCGAGCUGGCCGCUGUGCUAGUGAAAAUAAACGAUACUGUUGCUAAUUCGGCAAACCCUGCUGCCUUGCUUUCUUCGCGCCUCAGCACUUACAUGAAACGAUCAUGGACCGCGCUGUCGCCAUGCCCUAUUGGCAAGGAACUUAUCAACGUGCACCCUCGAAAAGUGUUUUAUUAUCUUACCAACACUCCGCACCAACCUCUACCUGAAAAUCUGGAAGAUAUGGUUGCGAUGGAUGAGAAAAGGUUGACUCCAAGUCUCUCCAGCGGAAGUGUCGAUCAGGACGACGAGGACGAUGCGAUGGCGCGCGAGCGGUCGCGACUCAGUCCUAGUCCCGAGAUCGACCUGUCUUCUCCUGAAUUUGAGGUAGAGCAUGACACUUUUAAUGCGCGCAACGGUUCUGGUUCUCAUACGAAUCAGAACAAUGGCCACCAUCGCCUGUCGCAUAAUCAUAGAGCGGCUUCUCCGCCACUGGAAGGUGACGAGCGGGAGUUUACUCAGACUGCCAGUUCUUUGCGCGAGCGAGCAUCCGAAGAAAAAGCCAGCCGACAAAGUAGCCUAGCUGCUUUGAGCAUGCCGACUUCCGAUGAAUCGCACGAUGCUCAGAUCCAUGCAUUUCCCGGUUCGCCUAUGGAUGAAGAUCCUCUCACCACGUCAAUUAGCGAAAAGAGCCAAUACGGAGACUAUCUCUCACAAGGUGGCUCAAACAAUCAGGAACAAGAUCUUGACGACGCUGCCGUCGCCACUUUGUUCGGGACCUCGCCCUCCCCGUCGCUUACUUCGGUCGCAACUUCGUUGUCGUCUGGUACGACCGCGCCAUCCGAAGCUGAGCUUGCCGAUGUCCCUCUUGCACUACCUACAUCCGACCUCGCCCGUUCGAACACCGCCACCGCCACCGCCACGGAAGGCACUUCACCAUCAUCCCUGAAGCGCUCAUUUGACAUGGUUGAGACCGGCUUCCCGACCAAGUCAGUCACGGAUUUUAAGCGAUCUCAGACCUUUGAUUUUGAGAUGGUUAUAGAUUCAUGGGCCGAUCUUCGUAGCCCGGAGACCGUAGAGGUCGACGAGCUGGAUGAGAUGUUUGGCGAUUUUUAAUUUUAUAUCUACUAUCAACUCCCCCCUUCUCCUCUCCUCUCGCUAUGAUAAAAGAGUUCUGAUUGAUACCUUGUUUAUUUUGAUCGUUUUAAAGAAUUUGCAUGAUACUCAAGCACGGUUUUUGUUUUUGUUUUGACUGUUUUUGGUUCGGCUGGCUUGAUGACCUGCCUUUUGGUGUUCAGGGUUUCUUCUUUUUUCUACUUCUCUACCUGUACAUGACUAAUUACGUUAUAUCCU